UGGGGCCCUGCAGGGAGAGGCACCAGGCUACAGACAGACAGUGGCGUCCUGGCCUGGCCCACUGCUGUCUGGGAGACAGCCAGUAGGACGGGUUCCCUGGGGAAGUCAGCCCCAUGGAGGUGUGGUCCCAGCCGGGUUCCAGGUAGGCCUUUUAAACUCCGUCCUUCCGGGGCAGAGCUGAGCUGGAGCUGGGCCUCUGUCAGCUUGGGAAAGAAGCCCUGGCUUCCCAAACCCAGCUUUCACAAGAGCAUUUCACUCUCCCUGAAGGUUCCUCAUGCCUAGUGGCGUAUAAGAAGACCCCGCCACCGGUCCCUCCACGCACCACUUCAAAGCCGUUCAUCUCAGUCACAGUCCAGAGCAGUACUGAGUCUGCCCAGGACACCUACCUGGACAGCCAGGACCACAAGAGUGAGGUGACUAGCCAGUCGGGCCUGAGCAACUCAUCGGACAGCCUGGACAGCAGUACCCGACCGCCCAGCGUGACACGCGGUGGAGUCGUCCCAGCCCCUGAAGCCGCAGAGCCACCCCCAAAACAUGCGUCUCUGAAAAGUGAACAAGGGACGCUGACCAGCUCUGAGUCCCACGCCGAGGCCACCCCCAAAAGGAAACUGUCAUCAAUAGGAAUACAAGUCAGCUCGGGUGCGGAGGCCAUAGCCCCGCUUGGCAGCAGGAGCAGCAUGGAGCAUAGACGCUGAUGGGCCAGGGGCCCAGGACCCAGGGCCCUUGAGCCAUGGGGGUUGCUCGAGGGGAACUUUGCCCAGAGCCCUCUCGGGCCUUGGGGACAGGUAGGUGGCUUGAGGGACCAGGCUCAUGUCAUUGAGAAAGGUGAUACCCGUCUCAAUGCCUCCCUCCAUGGGAUAGGGUCCAGGCGAUGAUUCCCCCAGGGCUAGGUGGCCAAAGUCAGCAGGCCCUCCAUAGUCACGGCACACAGCAGGGCAGGUGUGCCAGCUUCCCCUCCACUACUUCAUUGCACUCCUGCAUGCACCUGAUAUCAAUAAUCUGUCUUGUUUGCUGAGCUGGGGAAACUUGGGCCCUGCCUUGUAGUUUUUAAGAGUUUCUCUAAAUCCAGAUUGAGUGGACUCUCCCUGCCCUGGCUGGAGCUGCAGACCAAACUAGGGCACAUUCAGGGCCGUGAGGAAGGGGCAGCUACAGUGGGUGAGGGUGAGCAGGGAGACAGGCCCCCUCCAAGCCCAGGGGGUGAGUCAGGGAGGAUGAGGCGUUGUGUGUUGUGGCACAGGCGGCAGGGGACUCCUCCAGCCACCCGUGAGCAAUUGGAUGUGGCCCAGCUGAUAACAAAGCACUGAAAUGCAGGAGCAUGGGACACAAAGUGGAGCUUGAAUGGAACAGAGAAGGCUUACUGAGCAAUUUCUUGCAGUUGCCUAGACUUGUUUCCACCAAGAGGCAGCUCUAGGCUUCUGAUUCCCCACAUAUAAACAGGGAGAGAGUUGGCCAGGAGACUCUGCUAUCUGUUUUCUGGGCUUCUUAGGUGUCCAGACUCUGCCCUGCAGGUGGGAUUCUCAGAAACACAGAGAGUAGCCUGAUCUUUGACCCUUUGUCCUGACCACCCAUAUCUUUGGGCAGCCCCACCCUCUUUUUGGCCAAACCAGAUGCUCUUCCCGGAAAGCCUAAGAGUUAGGACUACCCUUGAUUCCUUUCACCCAGAAAAUGACACCGGGAUAAAGACUCUCUUAGGCCUGUCCUGGGCAUCCUUUCCCUGGAUUCACCCCAGCCCCAUUCUUGCUUUCGUUGCAGCUCCUUGGAGAUCCAGUGAUGCUGCAUUCCUUGAGCCGGCUUUUGCCGAGGGGAAAUGUGGCUGCAUCCCUGUCCCAGAAAGCUUCCCUGGCCCCUACUUCUCUCCACAAGGCCAAGAGACUGAAGAGUCCCCAGUUUCUGAGGAUGCCCUGAACCCUUUGGUGCCUCAUGCCCUAGGCUGAGUGUGGGUUCUCCCUCAUUCUUGAGUGAUGAUAGGAAAGCUGGCCUGGCUGCCCUACGGCCCGGCACCUUUGUCCCAGAGAAGAAAGGCAGGCGCAGGGCAUCACUGUUGUCCUGUUCCUUCCACUUCACAGGAGUGGAGGGAGUGACAGCUUUCCACUUGGCCCUGACCCCAGUCCUUCCUACUGCUCCCCAGGGCUACCCAGUGCUAAAGGUAACCUCAGCCAAGUAUGAAUAAUGCCCAGGGACUUCGGUGGCUCCUGUCUGGGUGGCAGUUUCUGAAUCUAGAACUGCUGUCCAGGGUUUGCCCUUAGUGCAGGCACCUCUGGCCUGCCCUCCAGGCUUCCACCACAGGGUUUGGGGAAUGAUCUUUGCCUCAAGACAGCCGCCAGCUUCAACUACACCAGAUAACGGCUGUGGCUUUGUGUGUGUGUGUGUUUUCUUUCUCUUUCGUCGUCCUUUUUUUUUCUCUCUGAUGCGUGUGAAGGAGAGGACUAGAAGGAACGGUUCCCACCUCUCGGAGGACAACGGACCCAAAGCGAUCGAUGUGAUGGCACCCUCCUCAGAGUAGGGAAAGCCAGUCAUCUCCACCCCAUCCCACCUCCCAUCCACCUGCCCGCCCGCCUCCACGCGAAUGAGCAGUGCCCGGCUUAACCUGGUCCGGCCUCGGGCCCACGUGCAGUGUCCGCAUGCCUCGUGUCUGUCUGUCCACACGUCCGUUUGCGUCGUCCCACUAAUGUGAAUUUCAGCAGCAAGUGUGGUGUUUGUUUUUUAUUUUUGUCUUUGUCUCCGUGCCGUUGCUGUCGUUGUCCUUCAAUAAGGUUGACUGCAUUCAGCCAGUGCCAAAAGAGGAGCCCAGUCCCGCUACCAAAUUCCAGUCCAUCGGGGUUCAGGUAGAGGACGACUGGCGAAGCAGCGUCCCCUCUCACAGUAUGUCCUCCCGACGGGACACAGACUCGGAUACCCAGGAUGCCAAUGACUCAAGCUGUAAGUCAUCUGAGAGGAGCCUCCCGGACUGUACCCCUCACCCCAACUCCAUCAGCGUCGAUGCCGGUCCCCGGCAGGCCCCCAAGAUUGCCCAGAUCAAGCGCAACCUCUCCUAUGGAGACAACAGCGAUCCUGCCCUAGAGGUGUCCUCGCUGCCCCCACCCGACCCCUGGCUUGAGACCUCCUCCAGCUCCCCAGCAGAGCCAGCACAGCCAGGGGCCUGCCGCCGAGACGGCUACUGGUUCCUAAAGCUGCUGCAGGCAGAAACGGAGCGACUAGAAGGCUGGUGCUGCCAGAUGGACAAGGAGACCAAAGAGAACAACCUCUCUGAAGAAGUCUUAGGAAAAGUCCUCAGUGCGGUGGGCAGUGCCCAGCUACUGAUGUCCCAGAAAUUCCAGCAGUUCCGGGGCCUCUGUGAGCAAAACUUGAACCCUGAUGCCAACCCACGCCCUACAGCCCAGGACCUGGCAGGGUUCUGGGACCUGCUACAGCUGUCCAUCGAGGACAUCAGCAUGAAGUUCGAUGAACUCUACCACCUCAAGGCCAACAGCUGGCAGCUCGUGGAGACCCCCGAGAAGAGGAAGGAAGAGAAGAAACCACCCCCUCCGGUCCCGAAGAAGCCAGCCAAAUCCAAGCCGGCAGUGAGCCGUGACAAGGCCUCAGACGCCAGCGACAAGCAGCGCCAGGAGGCCCGCAAAAGACUCCUGGCGGCGAAGCGGGCAGCUUCCGUGCGGCAGAACUCAGCCACCGAGAGCGCGGACAGCAUCGAGAUUUAUGUCCCGGAGGCCCAGACCAGGCUCUGAGACCGUGCAGGAGGAAAGAAAUGAUUUUAAAUCAUUAAAACCACAAAAACUAAGUGUGAAUGGAACAGAGUUUUCUCAGCCUUUGCUAUGGUUAUUCUGUCUAGAGACCCUGAGCCAACUUUCAAAUUGACGCAUACAAGGGCUCACAUUUGGCUUUUUUGGGUCCCUCCCAGCUUUAGGUUAUGAAAAUUUUACUCACAAAAAAAAUCAACAAAAAUCACGAAACUAGAAAACUUUUUUUUCCUCUUGCUGGCCGUGGUGGACUAGAUAGAUGGACGUCGGCAACUCCCGGCUCAGCCUCCAGACUGCGGUCUUUUUACUCCUUCUAUCUGAUGAGAACUCACACUAGCUUGUUUACAAGAUGACGACAGUCCAAGGGCAGCCUUGGGCACCUGCCAUGUUCCCUCCUCCUUUCCCCGGCUACCCCCCGCUCUGACCUUGGAUUUUCAUUCUUAGGUUUUUCUCUUUUCCCUUCAGAGCUCACACAGUGGUCACCAUUGUGGCAAGCAGCUUUCUGGGUCUCAGCCCUCUCUGCGGUUUGAGGGCCCAGAGGACAGAGAGAUGGACACGCGUCCCCUCCCUCCCCCGCCAAGUGCUCACACACAACCUCACACGCACACACACACGCAGAUGGAGGCGCCUCACUGGGAGGUGCCCUGCCAGCCCUGGGCAGUGUCAGGCAGGACUCACCACUGAGCAGAUGAGGGAGGUUUUAGUCUUGGAGGGGGAAAUGAGACGAAGCCACAGUUACCACACUCCAGACUCCCGCCUUUUUAUUCUCUCCAGCCCCUUCUUCCUUCAGCAAAAUCUAGGACUCAGAGUGGCUUCCAAGGGGCUGUCUGUCCUCAGCCGCGCCUGUGUCUGGUGCCCGAGGGGCGGGCGGCGGUGUCUGUAUGUAUGUGUACAUAUGCACAUAGACCUUAGAGUGUAUAUUUAACAAACGCCCAUCUGCUCACCCAUGCCCACCCAGCGCCGCCGCCGCUGGCUCUCGGGGCACCUGGCAGGAGGCGGGUGUGUGAAUAGCAUAUAUUUUUACAUGUACUAUAUCUAGGUGUGUGUACAAGUGUGUGUAAAAAUACAUACCUUGUGUGUAAGCA